AUGCACCGAGGCCCGCAGCCCCUCCUUUGUGCGACCACCGACCUGAGCCUCAUCAUGUCCUCAAAACCGCAAUUGUUCCCAGUCUUCCUCCAGUUUAUGAAAGCUUCCUCAUCCCAUGCUCCCAGUUUGACAUCCACUGGAGAUAUCACAUCUAUCAACAUCUUCUAUCGCAAAACACCAACUUUCAUCCACCUUACAAUGGCCUUCCCCAACAUCCUCUCCUGCCUCUGCGGCCCCACCUCAGACGACCAUCCAUCCCACCACGACGAGAAAUCCCCCCUCUACCCCUCCAGCACCCCAUACACCGACCAACCCAAACCCCAACCCAUACCCCCCUCUCUUUCCCCCUCCCCUUUGAUCAACGACAUCCUCACCCUCCUCCUCACCACACCCCUCCCCAUCACCCCCUCCGCCUCCCAAUCCCGAAUCGGCACCACCCUCGACCUCCACACCACCUCCUGGUCCGAAUACCUCGCCGAAAAGAUCCUCCAUGCCCUCUCCGACCUCCUCGCCACCGCCACCGAUCCCGAGUCCCGCAAGUCCUGGGGCGAGGCCCUCUCCCAAGCCUACGACACCUCCAUCACCAUCGCCGAGGAGCUCUUCAAUGACCUCGUCGAGUAUGUCAAGGGCCACCCCUACGAAAUCGCUGCUACGGUGCUCCUGUCAUUGGUGACAUUUGGGGUUUUGGUCCGUCUUGCUCCACGGGUGCUGGUGCUGCUUGGUUUCAGCGCCGAGGGUCCGGUGGAGGGGAGCUGGGCGGCUUGGUUUCAGAGUACCUAUGGAGGAUACGUACCCAAGGGUUCGCUGAUGAGUUACUUGCAGAGGCUGGGGAUGACGUGGGAGUGA